AUGUAUCUCAGGACUUCAGCUGUAUCGGCAGCCUUGUGGCUCGCCGUGAGUGCCACACCCACCUAUGGCUCCUCGACCAAUACGACGAUUGAAUUCAAACACUGGCCUGCCAAUGCGUCAAGAGCCUUAAGCAACAUGAUCGUCCAAAACGCGAACCAAAGCAACUACGCGGUAUUCGACAUGGACAACACGAGCUACCGGUACGACCUCGAAGAGUCGCUGCUCCCAUUCCUCGAGAAUCGCGGCAUUUUGACUCGCGAGAACCUGGACCCGACGCUGAAGUUGAUCGACUUCAAGGACACCGCCAACUUCACAGAAACGCUGUACAGCUACUACCUCCGCCUGUGUGAAGACGACGACUUCGUAUGCUACCCAUGGGCUGCACAAGUCUGGUCAGGAUUUACACUGCGGGAGCUCAAAGGUUACGUCGACGAGCUUAUGGCUCUCAACACGACAAUCCCCACCCAGUACUGGGACGGCGACGAGGUGGUUAACUCAACAGUAAACUCGCCUCAGGUCUUCCGUGGCCAGGCCGAACUUUACAACGCGCUGAUGGACAAUGGCAUCGCUGUCUAUGUUAUCAGCGCUGCGCACGAAGAGCUCGUCCGUAUGGUUGCCAGCGACCCCAAAUAUGGCUACAACGUCCCACCCCAGAACGUAAUCGGCGUUACCACUAUGCUGGUGAAUUCGACCUCAGGGUUUCUUACGAACGCUCGUAAGCAGAUUGUCGAGGGCAACUACGACCCAGAAGCGAACUUAGAUCUGGUCCUUGGACCAUAUCUAUGGACACCUGCAACGUGGUUUGCCGGAAAGUGGGCUGCCAUCCUGACAUACAUCGAUCAGUGGAAACGCCCCGUCCUGGCAGCCGGAGACACUCCUGGUAGCGAUUCGUACAUGCUCUUCCACGGUGUGGAUACAGCAAAGGGCGGUAUUCAUUUAUGGAUCAACCGACGGGACGCGUACUGGGAGGAAAUGCAGGGCGAAAUCCGCAACAACACAGCCGCGCAGAUUGCAAAUGGAAGGGAGGUGACUGCGGACAAGAACUGGGUAGUGGUCAAGCCUGCGGACAUCUUGUAA